AGAGUUCUCAACAGGGAUAUUAAAGAUGCUGUGAUGAUUGAUGAGCGAAACAAUGGAGAGGCCUCAGCAACGAUUGUCCUUAUUGAUAAUAUAUGGCGGUGUAAAAAGAAUUGGUACCAAAUCUUUUUAGAGGUUCUUUGCAAACAUGAUUACAAGGAUCUUGUUAAAGAAAUAGAUGACUCUUUUCUUGAGAAAAGACAACAGAAACUUCAGGGGGGUGAAGAGAACCUGGUUAGUUCAGACUUUGAUGAAGACAAGGAUGCCAAGGACACUGAAAAGUCUCAGAGAGAUAAUUCUGAUCAAAGCGGUGACAAAUCAAGAUCACGCGAGUUACAGAGAGAGAUAUCCCACAAUUCUAUGUCACCCACCAAACAAGAGCAGGAUAAAACCAACUCUAUACAGGAGGACUAUCUCUCAAGGACAUUUGAAGUUGAGAAGUCUGUCAACAAUUUGAGUGGAAAUCCUAUGGAAGAAAGCCUGGAUAGUGAAUUUGAAGCCUUGACUCAAAACAUGGAUGAAUCUUUAUCUAUCCACGAAGAUUCUGAACAAACCAGUAGAAAACUAGCAGGGUAUGAGGCUGACAACAGAUCUUUGUCAUCCACCAUGGACAACAGAAGUUUGUCGUCAAACGUGGACAACCGAAGCUUGCAGUCAAACACCGACAACACGGUGGCCAGUUGUCCAGAUUUGGACUCGAUGGCUAUAGUGAACGCCUGUCAGAGUCUGGAUAGAGAGGUGGAAUCUUCUACAGGUCGACCAAACAUCAUCAACAGUGGUUCCAGUGGAAGUCUGAUGGAAAUAAACAAGCGUGUUAAUUUGGAGGAAUCAGAUGAUGAGGAUGACGAUCUUAAUGAUCCUAAAGAGGAGUUAAAAUUACGAAGUUAUCAGAUGGAGCUGGCAAGGCCCUCUCUAGAGGGCAAAAACUCUGUCAUUGUGGCCCCCACUGGAAGUGGGAAAACACAUGUAGCUCUCUAUAUCAUCAAGGACCAUAUGGAGAAAAUAAAAUCUGUGAGACACCCGAAAGUGAUAUUUCUGGUGGAACAAAGUGCCCUGGCAGAGCAACAAGGCAAACAGUGUAUGACUUACCUCCCGUAUAGAGUCAAGGUCAUUACCGGUGAAACUCAGAGAAAUGAGAGGAUGAAGACUUUGAAUGAAUGGAUACAAAGGCGUGACUUGCUGGUGGUGACCGCCCAGAUUCUGUUGAAUGCUCUACGAGAUGGAAUUGUCAGCGUAACAGACUUCUCCUUAAUGGUGUUUGAUGAAUGUCACCAUGCCAACGACAACCAUUCCUACAACAUGAUCAUGAAUAAAUACCUGGACAUCAAAUUUCAGGAAAAGGAGAAGGCUAAAAAUCUACCAAUGAUUGUUGGCAUGACUGCCUCUGUUGGAGUAGGGAAAGCCUCAGAUGAGGAGAAGGCUAAAAAACACAUUGAGAAGGUCAUGGCAAACAUGGACGCUGAAAUGAUUGUGACUGUGACGGAAAACAAACGGGAACUGGCCCAACAUGUCAACAUACCACAGCAAAAACUCUACAAGGUGAAGAGAAGAGAAAAGAACUAUUAUGGAACACUUCUUGAAAAGUUAGUGGAGACAAUAGAGAAAUACAUGAAGAAUUCAAAAUAUCUAGAACAGGUGAAGUCUCCAGAUGCGGUUAUAAAGCCUCCCCUGGAGAAGGGUUCCGACCAGUACACACAGUGGGUCAGCAUGCUGUGGAGAGAGACGGCUAAAAUCAACGACCAGGCUGCUGGACGAUUCUACGACACGUGUCGGAGGUAUCUUGAUUUAUAUAACAAGGCUUUGAUUGUCUACAAAGAUGCCCGGCCAAGUGAUUCAUUGUCAUUUAUCCUGAAAGAAACCAAGAAAUGGGAGCUGACAGUCAAAGCUGAUGAAACUGAGGGGAAACUGAAGAGGAUGUUUGAUAAAACUAAAGACUUGCUUGAAAAGUGCACUGAAGACCCUAAGCACAGAAACCCUAAACUUGAGGCCCUGAAACACAUGAUUGUGGAUUACUUCAAGGAUAAUCCGGACUCCAGAGUGAUUGUGUUCGUCAAAACUAAAGAGUUAGUCAAGGCCAUAGAGACAUUUAUGAAUGAAACUGAUGAAUUACGUAAUCUCAAUCCAAAGCAGUUUGUUGGGGUGCAAGCCAAUAAAGAGAAAGGAGGAAUGACAAAGGUGGAACAGGAUGAGAUCCUGCGAUUGUUUCGAGAAGGGAACCACAAGGUCAUCAUAGCCACCUCUGUUGCAGAAGAAGGGCUGGACAUACAGAAAUGUAGUCUGGUGGUACGAUAUGAUCAUGUGACUAAUGAAAUAGCCAUGGUCCAGUCAAGAGGCAGAGGAAGAGCUGAAGACAGCAAGUUUGUUAUUCUGGCUUCAGAAGACACAAAUACAAUAAAAAAGGCCGAGCUGAACUUGAUUAAAGAGUCGUGGAUGAACAAAGCUAUUGCUAGUGUCAGGGAGGAGCUGAGUAGGGACAAGGAUGCAGUCCUCAGGAGAGUAAGGGAAAUCCAGCACGAGGCAAAGAUAGCAAGGGACAUAGCGCUCAAGAACAGGAAAGCAGCUCAGGCCAAUUUAGGGGAGUUCAAGAUCACAUGCAAAUCAUGUCGAAACUUCAUCUGCAUGUCAACUGAUAUAAAGAAGAUUGAGAAUGCUCAUCACGCUGCUAUCAAUGAGGACAUCUUGGAAAAUGUGAAUGUCAUAGCGUCUAUUCCAGAUUAUGAAGAUGAAAAUAUGAGCUGUGGAGCUGGGAAAAUAUUUUGUAAAAAGUGUGGAAAUCCAAUAGGGAACAUCACAAUCUAUAAGAAUGCCCAGUUCUGUAUUUUGAAGUGUGAGUACUUGAAUAUGAUUGACAGUGCUGGCAAUGGGGUCUCCAAAAAGCGCUGGAAACAAGUCCCAUUUUUUGUUCCUCCGUUGACCCCUGCUGACCUUGAGAAGAGGAUUGAAGGAGAAAAAUACAUUGAAUGCUAGAAGUGUUUGCUUACCAACUUACUCUGAAGUUUCUGAUGAUUGAAAACGAGAAAUUAUUAUUAUUGGAUCCACAGAGUUAAAAAAAAAAAAAUACUGAUAAGAAUUCAUUGAUAGGGUGUACAUUUCACAUUGUACGAUCAUAAUGUUAUACAAUGUAUAUGUAAUUACAAUCUAAUACAAUAAUCUACAGCAUGUAUAUAUAAAAUAUAGGUACUUUGGAGCAUCAAUGUUAAAAAAUGUUCCUUGUCCCAGAUUUAAGCUUUAAAAUUUGAUUUUAAAUUAUUGCACUUUAAUUUGAUCCAUGAACUAAUUGAGGCACUCCUUCGAAGUGUAGGAGUUUUGUGUUGGAGGAAAUAUCUGUUAAUAUUGUAGUUAUAAUAAUUAACAAUUUUUUUUUUCUCUUACAUUGUACGCAUUAAUUGAAAUAUAUACAUAUACAAUGUACAUGUAUUUAAUAAAAUAUCUGUUUUAAUUAUCAGCUCUAUUUAAAUGAAUCAGAACAAACUUGUAUUGAAUCCAUUUCAUAUUGCUUAUUGCAUGUUCCAAUGAACUUUUAUAUCAGUAACAUGAAAAAUUACUGUACACAGGGAAAUUUUCGCCCCCGUUUUAUUUUCGCCCCUUUCACCCUCUUCUUGAAUGGGCGAAUUUAGGAUGGAGCGAAUUGAAAUUACACAGCAUAAUUUUUUAAACAGAACUUUGAUUGGGCGAAUUUAAAACGGGGCAAAACUGUUUGCAAGUACAAAAGGGCGAAAAUAACACGGGGCAAAAAUAACCCUGUAUACAGUAUAUGCAUGUUCAGAAAUUCAAAGCUAUCUGCUUGGAUAUUAAGAACUCUACAAUAUUUAUAUAACCUAAACUUUACAUUUAAAAAUUGUGCCAUACUGAAGACCCAUGUAUUGUGUUGUCUAUUCAUUAAAUCAGAGUGGAUUUAGAAUGGCUUAUGUUAGUAUUAAUCUGGAUCUGAUCAAAUAUGAUACCAUUAAUGUUGGAGUUAAACUUUGUGAAUGUGUACAUUGUCAUGGCAGUAAUAACUGAUCAGAAGAAAAUUAUAAACAUAUACCAGUGCUAUAUUUCAGCAAUAUAUAAAAAGUUUGCUUCAUUGUUAGACUAUAAUCUCAUAAAAAAUAUACGAAAUUGCAUUAAUUAAACUUGAUAUAAGUUAUAGCUUCCUCUUAUUUUUUAAACUAAAUAAUAGUUUAUGGCUAGAAAUGUAAAAUUUCAUAUUGUGAGGUGGAUUUUUUAUGUUAUAUGUUUAAAUUUCUAAGUUUUGUAAUGUUCCCAUUAUCAAUUAAACAUAUGCCUUGUACUUUGACUAGAUGUAUACAAUUCAUGUUUAAUGAAAUUUUUCAAUAUAAAGCAUAUUUAUAAUUUAUAUUAAAUGUAUUCAAACAUAAUUUAUUCAUGAUAUUGAAGUCAUAUACAUGUAGCAGAAUAAUUGUGAUAUGAAGAAAAAGAUCAUUAUAAUGAAAGUAUUUUAGCAUUUUGAAAUGCUCUCUGAUUAUGCCUGAAAUUCCAUAAAAUGGUUUCAUGAUUCUCUCAAAUACCUGUAUUUAUUUAUUUUUAUCUCCUUUAUAACUCUCAGAGCUGCUGAUGGUUGUUUAGUGUUGUGUUGUAUAUUGUGCUCAAGUUUAUUUUUCGUAAUCUAAAAAUAAAAAUAAAAAAUACAUGUAAUUAAAUGAUAACUUAUGUUUAUAUUUUGAUUUUUAUCUAAUUAAGUGCAUUUAUCACUAAGUUCCGUUACUUUAUUAUGUAAUUGCUAUUAUUUGUGCCAAUGAACAUCACUUUGUUGAAAAUAAAUAUGAAAAAAAAAACGUUUUA